CAACAAACGUAGAUUGUUUUCUUGAAACCAUUCGCAGGUUUUCUCUGUCAACGUUAAUCAGAGAUUUUAUUUUUCAAUGGCGACGUCGAAGGAUGACCCUCUUGAUCAAAGGGAAGAUCCAAGACUCUGCUUCUUGGAGAACACUAACAGGCAAGGCCUUCGACCUUCGUCAAGAUCUUUGCUUGCUUUUUGCAGGCAAUGCAGAUGGAAGGUAAUUGGUGGCAAUUCCCAACGCCGCAGCACAAACCGUCCUCCCCAUCAAGCCGUUCCAAGUCCUGGCAACAACCUGCCCAGUGGCGCUUCGAGCUCUGGUCACAGUACAGGACUUCGGACUUGGCGUCAUAUUCGUGGAAUUCUGAAUGGUACACACCGCGCUGGUGAAUCUUCUCGAGCCUCUAACCCUGCUUUAGCAGAGGCAAUGUCAAGCAGAGAUUCGAUAGAAUCCACUCGUAUUGUCAGUGGACAACAUCCUUUAGGAUUAAAGCAUGGUUCUGCUGAUGAAGUUAGGACCUCCCAAACUGAAAACUUAGCAAACUCUGCACUAGUUAAGCCGACGGGAUUCAAUAAAGUGAAAAGUCGCUCAGGUCAUGCUCAACAGCAUCAAUACAAUAAGACAGGGGGGAACCCCGAUUCUGCACCCUUGGUUAAAAAGAGUGGAUCCAAUAGACCUCCAGUGUCUAGGCUGUCUAAGCAGCAAGAAGAAACAAUAGAACCUCUCAAACAUCCCUCAAGUUCGUUCAGGAGUGUAACUAGUAGAAUUCAGGAAUCAAAGCAGCGUAGACUGAUGGGAACAACCCAACCUCUCCAAGAUCCCACAGAAUCAGCCAAAAUGAGUACAAUUAGUAGAAUUCGGGCGUCGAUGCGUUUUGUGAAGAAGGAAAGAACCCAACCUCCCAAAAAUCCAACAGAUUUGGUCGAGAAUGGUGGAAUAGGUACAAUUCUGGCAUCAAAGCAUGUAAUGCAGAAAAAGGGAACAGCCCAACCUCCCAAAGAUCCUGCAAGAUUGGUCAGGAAUAUUGGAACCGUUAGAAUUCCAGUAUCAAUUGAUAGUAAUAUUGGAACUAGUAGAUUUCCGGUAUCAAUACAUAGGAUGCAGAGAAAGGAAACGACCCAAUCUCCCAAAGACUCCGCAGCGUUGGUUAAGAAGAAUGAAACUACUAGUAGAUUUCCGAUACAGAAGCAGGUUACUCAGAAAAAGGAAAAAUCCCAACCUUCCAAAGGCACUUCUGAUCUGGUCAGCAAGAGUGCAACAGGUAGAACUCUGCCUUCUGUGCUGGUUACAGGGACAAUAGAGACAACCCCAGCCAAACCAAGACAAAAGCAACUUUUCUGUACCUACGAAGAUCAUAUUGUGUGGGAAGGUUUUGAUGAGCGCAUUGUGCCACUUGGGAAGAGCUGUCUCUUAUGCGAUGGUGAUCUAGCAAGUAAACCAGAACAUGGUCUAGAUAUAGAGCGUCUAAACCCUUCGGAGAAUGCUGUUCUUUCUUGUGGUCAUGUCUAUCAUAGCCAGUGCUUGCAGUUCGUCACAUCAGAAGAGAAGUCUAGGGAUCCUCCUUGCAUAAUAUGUGCCAGUAUUUUGUCUUAAAGCCUCUAUAUUUUUUCAUUCUCUUAAAAUCUUCUCAUUUUUUGUACUACAUUCUCUGGCUGUUUUACAGAGUAGAAAGUCGAAAGAAAAUCGAAUACAAAUGGGAAACGUUGACAACUUCAUGAACCAUAAAUUUUAUGCAAUUGUAAGAAAUAUGGAAUGGAAAAACUUACUUCAUAAACUACAUGUAUAUAUAUUCGUAUCCUUGUACACAAAGUAAGGAUUGCU